GAGACACUAGAGACGCGUCAGCAGCUAUGGCGCUUCCUCCUCCACCUGCGCUGGCCGCCAUCGCUGCCCCCUGGGUCAUCAUGUUCAUCUUCGUCGUCUGGGCGUUCUUCCGUGGUCUCAGCUGCUCGAUCCCUCGUUCAGCUCGACCCUCUAAAGACACCAAGCAGCUUCGGGUAGGAUUCCUGCACCCCGACUUCGGUAUCGGCGGUGCUGAGAAUCUCGUGGUGAAUGCUGCGGUGGCGUUGCAACAGUGUGGAGCUCAUGUCACCGUGUUCACAGCCCAUCAUGACGUAAACCACUGCUUCGAAGAGACACGUGGCGACGGACCACUAGCUGCUCAUGUGCGCGUACAUGGUGACUGGCUUCCUCGCACGAUCCUGGGCAAGCUCUACGCGUUCUGCGCAGUCGUACGCGUGCUAUUCGUGACACUAUGCAUCGCCGUGUCCUACAUCAAUGACGUUGAUGUGUUCGUAGUGGACCAAGUGUCGAUUUCCAUCCCAUUCUUGCGUGCACUAGGCAAACCUGUGCUCUUCUACGGUCACUUCCCGGACAAGCUGCUCUGUAUCCGCUCUAAUUCACCCUGGAAGCGCAUGUACCGUGUACCACUGGACUAUUUGGAAGAGAUCACUACCGCUGCGUCGGAUAUCAUCGUAGCUAACAGCAAGUUCUCGCGUGGAGUCUUCCAGGAGGUUUUCCCACGUCUACGCUCAAAGAAGCUAGGAGUUCUUUACCCACCGGUGGAUGUCAAGGCCUACAAAACCACAGCGGAUGCCGACGUACAACGUGAUUCAGGUCUGUUUGUGUCGCUUAACCGCUUUGAGCGUAAGAAAAACGUGACGCUGGCCAUUGAAGCACUCAUGGAGCUGCGCAGCAGACUACCGAGUGAAGACUUCCAGCGUGUCAAGCUUAUCGUUGCUGGAGGAUACGAUCCGCUUAAUACAGAGAACAAGGAACAUCUAAUCGAGCUCCAAGACGUGGUUGCGAAGCAUGGUCUUAAGGAGCACGUGGAGUUCCGUACAUCCGUCUCGAACUCCAUGAAGCUGGAGCUACUGCGCAAGGCUCAUGCUAUCCUUUACACACCCGACCGCGAGCACUUCGGCAUCGUCCCCGUCGAGGCCAUGGCAUGCGGUACUCCUGUUAUUGCUGUGAGUUCUGGUGGCCCGUUAGAGUCCGUCGCUGACGGGGAGACGGGAUUUCUAUGCGAGCAGAAGCCAGAGGCAUUCGCCGAGGCCAUGGCAGAGCUUUGUGGACCCAAACACAGCAUCAGAGUCGUCGAAAUGGGCGCAUGUGGCAGACUGCGUGCCCAGAAACUCUUCUCUCUGGAAACUUUCGGCGAUACGCUGCUUGAACUGGUUCACCAGGCUGUGUACGGUGAGAAGACUGCGUAGCUGAAGAUAUGAAGAGUGCAGAUAAUUAGCAGCCUCCGCAGAACAACACCUUGCAGAAGUGAGCGAAGCCGGAUUGCUGCAUAGGAGCGUUCUCGUAAUAGUGUCGCGAGUCGAAAUGUGUAGGUCGUACACGGUCGCGAUUCAUCACUUCUUGUACGGGUAAAGUACCGGAGUCAGCGUGACGAGACUUUGGAUUAACCGCUGGGAGCUUGAGAUAGCGGCAAAUGGAAUUGCAUCGGUGCGACGAGAGGAACUUCUGGAAGCCCAAAACGCCGAGGUUGCCUUUGCCAAAGUCGUGGCCGUUGAGUGUAUGGAUCUGUGGGUCUGUGUACAGAUCCCCCACGCCUUGGAUAUCCACAGCUAGUAGCUCAUGAUUCGAGGCUUCGUACGUGAAGUGAGAAAAUGCUUGUGGGGUAUUGCGUUCAUCGUCGCUUACUGACCCAAAGUUGUUGUUGUGCUUGCGGUAUUCUCCUGGGAUGUAAGCCUCCACUGCGCACAAGGCACCAUUUCGCUCGGGUAAUUCUAACACCCACGCUGGGAUGAACUCGACACGUUUGGGUGGAGUGUAAGAGUUGUAGACUUGAGCGUAGUGAGCGCAAUGGGCUUGUAGUUCGAUGUCUCUGAAGUACGUCUGCGGGUCUUCGUCCGGGUCGAUGGCUAGCUUGGCCACGUAGCUACCAGUGUAGCAGCCACCAUUAGACAAACUCGCGGAAGUAUCCGUGCUCAGAUCCUGCAAAUGAUACACAAUCCGGAGACUUCCUUUACUAAAUGGCGUCUCGUCCAGAUUGAUGAACACCUGCUUGCUGCUCCAUUGGCGC